AUGGCUGAGCCGGGCUCGGUGCCGCCGCAUCUGUUGCUGCCCCCGGGGCUGCUGGAGCUGUGCGCGCUGCUGGGAGCCCCCCGGGAGAGCCUCCGCGAUGUGGAGCAGGUUGCCCAGAAGAAAGGAAUGAAAAAACUUCUUCCUCUUGAGCCUGAGGUUCUUUCUGUGUUUGUACCUCCAUUCAUCAGUAAAGAGGACAGUUCGACAGCUAGUGCCAGUUGUACUAAUCUGAAUAAAUCAAGAAGACGAUCUUUCAGGAAAAAAAGAGACAAGCUCAGAACUGAGAACUGGAAGAACCCCCAUGGAGACCAGAAAGUACCUGAUGUAGAAGAUGUUAGUAUUCCAAAUGGUGUCGAUCUAAGUGCUUUGCCACAGCUAUGCUUUCCAGGAGGACUCUGUGUAGCUCCCGAAAACAAGGAAGACCGAGUGCAUUUCCUGGUCCUUACUGAUGUAUGUGGGAACAGAACAUAUGGUGUGGUCGCACAAUACUACAGACCUAUACAAGAUGAACACUGUUUCUACAAUGGCAAAACACACUUCGAAUUACCUGGGCAGACCACGCAUGCUGUUAGCUGCUUUGUGCCUUUUGCUAUUUGUCUUAUAUCUAGAUAUCCGUAUUAUAAUGCCCUCAGAGAUUGUCUUUCCUGUUUAUUGGCACAACUGAAACUUUGUAAGGAUUUUGAUGUUGAUGAGCGAAUAAAAGAUUUUGCUGCAAAAUUGUCUUUAAUCCCCAGUCCUCCACCUGGACCGCUCCAUCUGGUUUUUAACAUGAAACCACUACAGAUAGUAUUUCCUUCACGGGCGGAUCCUGACAGCCCCAUUGUAGACCUGGACCUUCACCUUCCCUUACUGUGUUUCAAACCUGAGAACGUAUUACAGAUCAUCUCCUGCAUUUUAACUGAACAGCGGAUUGUCUUUUUCUCUUCGGACUGGGCUCUACUCACGCUCAUCGCUGAGUGCUUUAUGCUGUAUCUUCACCCCAUUCAGUGGCAGCACACCUUUGUACCCAUUCUUUCUGGUCAGAUGCUAGACUUUGUAAUGGCGCCUACGUCUUUCCUUAUGGGUUGUCAUCUUGAUCACUUUGAAGAAGUUAGCAAGGAAGCAGAUGGCUUAAUCCUAAUAAAUAUUGACAAUGGAAACAUUACCUAUUCCAAAUCCUUGGAUGAUGAUAACAGUGAUAUUGAUAUUCCAGACAUCCCUUUACAAGCUGCCCAGACAUUCAUUCAAAGGGUAGAAAGCCUUCAGUUGCACUAUGAUCUAGAACUCUCCCAUUUAAUGUCAAGCACUGAUUUAAGUGAGGUCCAAGCGCGUAGAAGGGCAUGGCAACAAAAACGAAAUUCUGAAAUGCAGCAAAUUACUUUACAACUAAUUGUUAACAUCUUCAGAGAAGUAAAAAACCAUCUUAAUUAUGAACAUAGAGUGUUCAAUAGUGAAGAAUUUCUCAAAACAAGAGCACCAGGGGAUCAACCAUUUUAUAAAAAGGUGUUAGAGACCUACAUAUUUCAUUCUUUUCUUAAAGCUCGUCUUAACAGAAGGAUGGAUGCAUUUGCUCAAAUGGAACUUAGCACCGAGUCUGAAGAAGACAGAAUGAGUAUCAUGCUUGUAAGCCCAAGAAGACCAACAAUUGAGAAAAUGGCUUCUCGAAGAUUUUCCCGUCAGUACAUAGCUAACAGACGAAUGGUAGUGAGCAUGCCAAAUCUACAAGACAUAGCAAUACCUGAAUUACCCCCAAGGAAUUCAUCACUUCGGAAAAUAGAAACUGUGAAUAGUUGUAAAGGCAAUAAUACAGUUCCAAAGCUGACCUCCAAAUCAGUGUACACAUUCAAGAUACCAGAAAUACAUUUUCCGCUGGUGAGUCAGUGUGUUCAUUCCUAUUUUGCUGAUUUUAUCAACCUUCUGAGUAAGGCUAUCAAUUUCCCACCAUCUGAUAACUCUGUGCUGCUGGCAAGGUAUUUCUACCUUCGAGGACUCAUUAAUUUAAUGCAAGGGAAACUCCUGGGUGCACUUUCAGAUUUUCAGAGUCUAUACAGAACGGACAUAAGUAUUUUUCCCGCUGAUCUCGUAAAUAGAAUGGUGGAGUCAAUGUCUUCUUCUGAGCGUUCCCAAGCUGAACGGCAGCCCGAGCUCAGAAGACUCAUUAGUGAAAUAAUGGAAAAACCAAGAGAAGCCACCAAGGUAGAUGACCACGUUAAAAACUUUGAGUUACCAAAGAAGCAUAUGCAUCUGGAUGAUUUUGUGAAGAGAAUCCAGGAAUCAGGAAUUGUGAAGGAUAUCAAAAUUAUCCACCGGUUGUUUGAGGCAUUGACUGUAGGACAUCAGAAGCAAAUUGACCCUGAAACAUUCAGAGAUUUCUACAACUACUGGAAAGAGACAGAGGCAGAGGCCCAAGAAGUCAAUCUUCCACCUGAGGUCAUCGAGCACCUAGAUAAAAAUGAAUGUGUCUACAAACUAUCAAGCUCAGUCAAAACGAACUACGGAGUGGGGAAAAUAGCCAUGACACAGAAGCGCUUGUUCCUCCUUACAGAAGGAAGACCUGGCUAUGUGGAAAUUUCCACCUUCAGAAACAUAGAGGAAGUGAAAAGUACAACUGUGGCCUUUCUAGUUCUGAGAAUACCCACACUAAAAAUUAAAACUAUUUCCAAAAAGGAAGUCUUUGAGGCUAAUCUUAAAACAGAGUGUGAUCUUUGGCACCUGAUGGUGAAGGAGAUGUGGGCUGGAAAGAAAAUGGCCGAUGAUUAUAAGGAUCCCCAAUAUAUCCAGCAAGCACUGACUAACGUUCUGUUAAUGGACGCUGUGGUUGGUGCACUUCAGUCAUCAAAUGCCAUUUAUGCUGCCUCCAAAUUAUCUUACUUUGAUAAGAUGAAGACUGAAAUGCCUAUGUCAGUUCCAAAAACAACUUCGGAAACACUGAAGCAUAAAAUAAAUCCCUCCUUAGGAGAAACCUGCCCGCAAGCCAUAGAUUUCCUGUUAUACACACCAGGACAUCUUGAUCCGGCAGAAAAGAUUGAAGAUGCUCAUCCCAAACUGUGGUGCGCUUUAAGUGAAGGGAAAGUGAUUGUGUUUGAUGCAUCCUCCUGGACAAUCCAUCAGCAAUCCUUCAAAGUGGGCACUGCUAAGUUGAAUUGCAUGCUGAUGGCAGAGCAGAAUCAAGUUUGGAUCGGCUCUCAGGACUCCAUUAUUUAUAUUAUUAACAUUCAUAGUAUGUCCUGUAACAAGCAACUCACUGAUCAUCGCUCUAGCAUCAUGGAUUUAAUUGUAGAAGAUGGAAACAAGGAAUCUAGCAGCAGUGAAGUCUAUUCAUGCAGUUUGGAUGGAGUAAUCAUUGCUUGGAAUGUCAGUACCCUGAAAGUGAAUAGGAGAUUUCGUCUGCCAUACCAAACUCUAACUUCCAUUAAGCUUCAUAAUGGCCGCCUUUGGUGCUGUAUAGGCCGGAGCAUUAUGGUUGUGACAACAAAUGGAUUUCUUCGGCAAGAACUGAAAGUUGACGAGCUCUUUGAGGAAAUAUUCCCCUCUUUCCUCUGUUUCCAACUGGUUCCUGAGCAAGACCAGGUUUGGACAGCAUGUGCUGGACACACAGAGAUAUAUGUCUGGAACAUAAAGGACUUCUCAAGGCCACCUCAUAAAAUUCAGCUUCAAGACUGUUCAGAGAUCAGCUGUAUGAUCAAAGUGAAGAACCAGAUCUGGGUUGGCAGCAAAGGACUGUCCCAGGGAAAAUACAAGGGAAAAAUCUAUGUAAUUGAUGCUGAUAAGAAAAUUGUGGAGAAGGAGCUGGUAGCCCACGCUGACAUGGUGAAGGCUUUAUGUUCAGCAGAGGACCGAUAUGUGCUGAGUGGUUCAGGCAAAGAGGAAGGAAAGAUUGCUAUUUGGAAAGUUGAAUAAUUUUUAGCACUUUGAAAUGUUACACAUUUUAAUGUGUAACACACAAAUGUGUAAUGUGUAACAGUGUUACACACAAAUGGUCACUAUGAUGGCCAGAAAAGAGGACCACUGGGAGUGGUAUUAAAUAAAUGUAUAUCUUUGCUGUUAUACAUUUAUCCUUUUUAAAGUGGAAGGAACCUUAGAAGUCCUUCUGUCCAACUCAUUCAACUCUUCCCAUCAGCUCAACUCAUCCAGCCAUUUUAUCGAAAGCCCAGAACAGGGAAGUUACUUAUUUAAGGUCACAGAACUGUGACUAAACUCCACCAUGAUGUUUUAUAUUCAUGUUGCCAAGACAAUCACAAUGUUCCAUCUGUGGGCGUCUGUUUCCUCAUGAGGCGGACUUGAUCAGCUCUGAAGUUUUUUCCAUUUCUAACAUUCUAUCAUUCUCAAAGUUGGAAACUUAUACUUACAAGAUUUUUGCCUCUCCAAGCCUCAAAGAGAUGACUCAACCUCCUCAGAGGUUUCUAACUGAUCACAAACCGAUAGCCCUAGAGACACAAGGACACUGAGGAGACAUCGAGUCCAUUUUUCUACCUUUAGGUAAACUAGUAUUUAACUUGUCAGCCCCCUAAAAUGCAUCAACCAACUAAGCCUCCUCAAGCACAUUUUGCAGGGGGUGGGGGGGAAUGAUCUCAGAAGGUAUGAAUCAGGAAUGCAGCCUCUGCUGAACAGGCUCAGUUAUGUUCUGAUCCUUUAUCUGGAAUAGAAAGUGGGCUAAGACUUAACUAUGAAUAUGAGAGAUUGUCAACAGUAAGUUGCCAAAUCUCACGUACCUAGAAUCCCCACAGUUAAAACCAUUAACUCCAAGAUUAUCCACGCAGUGAAUUCUUGGCUAUGCUUGAAAACCCGAAUAACAAUGGUGCUGUGACUUGGAAAAGCAAAUUGGAAAACUUUCUGACCAAAUCCGACAGAGAUCCCUGGGUGUUUGUGUGGCACCGUUUGCCUUGUAUGACCACUGGACGUGUCAUGGGUCCAUCUGCAUAGCCACAGGUUUGUGAUUAAAUGCGCUAUGUUUAUAUUUUGUUUUUCAAGUGGGUUUCAUGAGCACUCUUAUUUUCAUCAUUAAAACUUCCAUCCUGACACUGCUUUGAUCAAGCCGAUGAUUCUCCUGUAUUGACAGCAGAGUAAUGACUGAUCUGGCCAGCUAUUUGCGUCAUACCACCUGUGGCCGAUGCCUGGAUUUUUUCUUAAUGACUUCAUAACUUAUGUAAUGAAGAAACCUUCAUAAUAUUUUUCAUAAUAAAAUAAAUAUUUUUGUUUAAGUAUCUCUAGUUACUUGAGUAACAAGAUUCUUAUGUAAGGGUAGCACUUAAAAAAGCACACACCACAAGAUAUACUUUUAAAGUAUUAUAUAGCCAUCUGGUUGGUUGUUAACCUCACCUCCAUAGACACUGCCUACCAGAUAUACAAGGACAACUUCAGGGUUUUUUCUAUGCUUAUUUACAUAUGUAUAUGGUGCUACAUUAUUUAAAUUAGGGAGAAAAAAGUUCUAGGAAUUUUAAUAUCAAUAUUAAAAAUGUUUGUAUUUCAGUAAUUCAACUAUCUGUGUUUUCAUCAGUGUGAGUACUCUCUUUAUUCAUGCAAACUGAAAUUCUUCUGUUCUUUAGUAGACAGUUUCAUAAGUUCCUAUAAGAUCCUGCCCUGCCCCACCCCACCCCAAAAAAAAUCACCUGGCUGCCAACUUUCUGGUGAUGAAAGUUGCACUUGGCUGGGCUAGUCCUCACACUGCAAACACAAUCAGCCAAAGGGUCCAUAAAUCCCAGUCUUUCAAGCUUGCUGUGGAACUUUCUAGACCUUGCCUUUUUCUAAUGUGAACGUCAAGCCCCACCCCACCCCACCCCACCCCAC